UGGCGAGAAAGCGUCCAUAGUAGCUUGGCACCUACACUAUAGUGGGCCCCAAAGUUCCAAUGUUGUGCUGCAUGUUUCCCAUAGAAGUUUAUAAGAUUCGAGCUCCAUUUGAAUAGACUAUAACUGACUUCUUCUUCUUGUGGUAUGUGUGCUUUUUCAGAGAGAUCCAACCGGUAAUGGAGGCACAACACGACGCUGUGCAGACUCUCAACAGCAGCGCGGUAUCCACCGAUCCACCACCAGCAGCUCCAUAGAUGUCAGUCCGAGACCGUAUUCCCUGGCGAACGCUUUGGAGAUGAGAUUUUCUUUGAGUCAAUCUUUAGAAAAAUUGUUAAGUGUUAUAAUUUUAAGUCCAGAAAAGUUGAGUUUAAAGAUUCGUUAAGGUCGGCAAAUAAUAGCCCAAGAACUGUGAUCGUUAUAUAGUGCGGUUACGUUUUACUUUUCUUUUCAAGUUUUUUUUUUAUUUCGAAUCUUUUAUGGGAAGUAUCCGCGGAACUACGAGAUAAAUGUGAUAAUUCGCGACAAUAAUUUUAUGGGUUUGUGGACACGGUACGUCUCUACGACAAAAUAAUAAUAAUAAAAAAAUGUGAAAAUCCAGUUAUAUAAAAGCUAAAUAAAUCAUUGUAUCUAUAAAAAAAAAUCCAUUAAAAAUAAUCUAAAAUGACUGUGCUGUGUCUGCCUAUUAUGAUCCGCUGAAAUUCAAAUGAAUUACUUCCAAAUAAAAUAAUAUUUUUGCUCUUCAAAGUGUCCCAUUUACACUCAAUCAAUUUAUUUUCAUUUAAUAAAUAACAAUCUCCGACUUGUCUACGUUUAUUAAUAAAAAGUUAAUUCACGACAAUAACAAAUUGUGUGCAUUGCGCCGUUUAGAAGAAGAAAAGGAUUAUCCGUGAAACUUGAAUGUCAGCCAUUUUGAAAAAAAGCCCAAAACGGAUGCCAUAAUGCUACCACCAACACAACAACAACAACAACAACAACAACAAAACCAAGAACAACCAUCGCUACCGUUACAAUUUGUGAGUCCUUUUAAGCUCUCAUCUCCAUCAUUCACCAAUGUCAGGGAAAAAAGGCAACCGAACCAACAACAAAAGCACCAACAAUAUCGACAACAUCAUGUUGGGCUCUUCAUCGUACUAUUAUUCGUCCUUGCAUUGGUAAUCGGCCAAGCAAACGGGGGUGGACCUCCAGAGCCUUAUUACGGUCGUCUCAUCGGACAAUUUGUAGAGUUUGCACAUGGGAUUAAAGGUACCGUGUAUGCAGUAGACGAAUCAACAAUUUUCAUAAAAGGAUUUGCAUACGACGGUACCGGACCAGAUGCAUUCUUUUGGGUUGGUAAAACAGCUCGACCCAGCCCCGAAGGAUAUAUUAUACCAUAUCCAGAGGAGUAUGUUGGCAUAGAUCCGCCAAUUCUUCAAGCGCACAAUAACUCAGAUAUAAUCUUACGAUUGCCUAUGGGAAAAAGGAUACGAGAUAUCAGAUGGCUCUCAGUUUGGUGUCGCAGAUUUACAGUUGACUUUGGCGAAGUGUUCAUUCCACCUGGAUUAGAUGUCCCAAAACCGCGGGUUUUGCCCGAAUUCAAAAGACUGGCACACGGGUUACGUUCUAGCAAUAUAAGUGUAUUAGAUGCGAAAACAUUUUAUAUUCCCAAUCUACAUUAUGACGGGGCGGGUCCUGAUGCAUAUUUCUGGGUUGGAAAUGGUUCAGAGCCAAACGUCUUAGGAGUUAAGGUACCGAACGAACUAGGAUCACUUGAACCCUUACGCGGAUAUCAAGGGGAGGAUAUAGAAAUUCAGUUACCAGGAAAUUUGACAGUAUACGAUAUUCAGUGGCUAGCCGUUUGGUGUGUGGAAUACCGACAUAACUUCGGGCAUGUGAUAAUUCCCAAUGAUUUAGACGUACCACCGGCUCUGGGACAAACGAAAAUAACGACAACAACGACACCACGCCCCAAGGCAAACAACUGCCGUGAACUGCUGAGCGGACGUCUGCAGGUCAAGUGGGAGAUCCAAGGAGAGUUCCUUUUCGUGGAACUCUUUGGGAGAAUUAAAGAAGACCAAUACAUGGCCUUCGGGUUAUCUGGUGCACAAGGACGACCUGAAAUGAUUGGAGCAGAUGUUGUAGUCGCAUUUUAUGAUACGACCAAACGAGUCUUCAUGGCUGAGGACUAUUACAUAUCGCAUUUGGCACAGUGUGAUGGGAAACAAGGAGUAUGUCCUGAUGAAAGAAUCGGUGGAAAGAAUGAUAUUAUUGUCUUGAGCGGUGAUCGGAAGAACGGUGUAACUCAUAUCAAAUAUAAAAGACUCCUGCAAACAAACGAACCCAUCAACGACCUUGCGAUCCCAAACAACAGGGACGUGUCAGUCAUUGCCGCAAUAGGACCACUAAAUGCCAGAAAGGAAGCGAAUGCACACUCCCAUUCGGACGUGAAUGCCGAUGACAUUAGGAUAGAAUUCAACUCAAAGAAUGAUCACUCCUGCACAUCAUCACUCUACGAUAUCAAGGAUAAAGAUGAUCCUGAACCAUGGCCUACGCGUAUAUUAGCAGGAACUACUUCAAUAUCAGCACGGAUAGGACCAACUGGUGGAAAGCGCGGAUACACUGCACUCACUGGUCAUCCAUCAUGGGGAAUCGCUUGGUAUUUGAAUGAUCUCUUGAUCCCGGAAUUAUAUGUAGAGCGAGGUGAAACUUACAUAUUUUCGGUAGAGGGAGGAAAUAAUCCGGCACAACCAGCACGAUAUCAUCCAUUCUACAUCACGGACUCACCUGAAGGAGGUUUCGGACAAAAAUCUGCUGAAGCUCAAAGGCAACAAACAGUCUAUGCCGGAGUUGAUUAUGAUUCGAACGGAUAUCCUUUCCCCACUGCAGCCGGACGGUAUUGUGAGUGGGUUCACAAGGGUGUUGAUAAGUCCGCCGUAUCCGAAACGUUUGAAGAUUAUAUGAAAACAGUUGAAUUAGAGUGUGAAGGAGGUGAGCCAGCUAUAUUGAACUGGACCGUGCCGGAUGAUGCUCCAAAUCUAUUGUUUUAUCAGUGCUACACUCACAACAAUCUAGGCUGGAAAAUCCAUAUUGUCGAUCGAGGCCAACCGUAUCCUUUCAACAGCACCAGUACCGCAUCAACCCACCUUCAAAUUGCCCAAAGUCCUAUUCAUUUCAUCUUUCUUUCAACACUUUUCACAUUGAUAAUGUUAAAGACAAUUAUUAUCAAUUAUAAAAUUGCCUGAUAGUUGUAAAUGAACAAAGUGUUAGAUAUUAAACUAAUAAAUGAAAUUGUAGUUUUUUCUUACCGCACACUUUUUCUUAUACAACAAACACUUAACUAUUGUUACAGUAAAUUCAACAAAUUGUCAUAAACUACCCAUUUUAGUGAUAAAGAUGAUAUUAACUAUUAAGUUUUAAUUACAAAAUGAAUUAGCUAAUCGAUAUCAAAUACUAAUUUUAUAUAUGAGAAUGGUAAAGAGGCCGGCGAGCAUCCAUCAAUGAGUCUUGAAGUAGUCAUUCAUCUAUUUCAAUGAGUACUUGAAGAUACAUUGAUGGAGUCUCUGGUGAAAGUUAGUAUCUAAUCGAAAGUCAUAUUGGCAUGCAUCAACUCUAACACGUUUUACAGACCUAGAUAUAUUACAUUUACGACAAACACAUCAAUUUACAACCAGGCUAUAUCGCAUCAAAACAUAUCUUUGUGAGAGUGUUGAAAGUGAGUUAAGGUACAUGUGAUCUAUCAAUGAAUGAAAAGAUGGAAUGAAUAAUGAAUGCGGUGGGACCGAUAACUUAGUUAAUAAGAAAUUAUAAAUUUCACUCUAUCGAGAAUUACCAAUCGAACGAGAAUGAGGUGUAAGUAAAAAACAGCAUGAAAAGUAGGAAACAGUUUUUUAAAAGUAAAUUAGCAAAAUGAGAAAUAUAAUUUAAGCCGAAGUAGGAAAAUCAAUGAAUGCAUAUAUAUAUACAUAUAAAUGGAUCUUUAAUCUAAAAAUUGCAAUUUGAACUGAAAAAGAUGAAACAAAAGGGUCUGACUAUGAAAUAUACAGAAACGAAAACCUAAAAUUGAAUGACAAUAAAGAGAAACAAUACGAAAAAAUAUACACAAAUAUAAAUUAAUAAAAUUAUCAUCUCAAUUUUUAAGAUUCAUAGAUUUCAAUUGAUCAAAUGUAAGUUUAACUGUAAUAAUAAAAAUUAAAGAAUAUUCCAUUACCACUAUCAAAUAAUAACAAAAUUUGUUACAAUUAAGGGUGCUUUAUUGAAAUAAUGAGAAAGAAAUAUUCUGCAAAGAGAACAAAAAAAAAUCAUCACACUUCACUUUUACGACAAUAAAAUCCACAUAAUAAAAUUAGAAUUUAAAAAGUAUUAUCUGUAAGAUACAAUUUAGAUUAAAAACUAAAGACAAUAAGAAUUUCUGAUGUUAUUGAAGGAUACUAUCAAAUUAAACAUAAACCAUCAAAAAUUAUUAAGCUUUCCAUAUAAAAACAAAGAUACUUAUUGCUAUGAGAAGAUAACUUUUGUUAAAAUAUAAAAAUUCUAUAAAAUUUAUUUACAAAUUUAUCCACUAAUUUUGAAUAAGACAAUAAUAGUAUAGAUGGGUAUGGGGUUACCAAACAUGUAAUGUAUUAGAUUAUUAUUUUUGUUUGUUGUUUUUUUCGUUAAUAAAUACUUUUUUAAUGAUUA